AUGGAUUCCUGCGUUGGAGUUGAACAGGACUUAGACAAAGCUAUUAUGAAAUUUAACAAUUUAAAUGAUCAUACAAGUAGAGCUAUUCAAGAUUUAAUCGACCAAGUUGAAGAUCUUCGAAAAGAAUUAAGUAAACAGCCAGCCAAUACACCUCUCUCGCCUGAGCAGGCCAUGGCAGUUACUGAUGUUGCUGGCUCAGUCAGGCAAGGUGUUUUUCAAAUGUCUACUGAACAUAGAGAACUACAUGCAACAGUGUCCAGGGUGGGAAAGUCAAUCGAUAGACAUUUUAUUGCCGAUUAUGCAUCAGUAGCACCUAAAGCUGAAACAUUCUGCAAUGAUACAAACAGACCAAUAAUGGAGCAGGCCAUAGCUCAACAUUUGUAUAGACAGGGACUCGAAGAUGUCGGUGAUUCAUUCGUGUCGGAAGCUAAAAUAACAGGUGUUGAACGAACAUGUACGUUUGCGUUGUUACAACGUUGCGCCGCGGCUUUGGCCGAAGGUGAGCCGGCAGCGGCAUUACAUUGGGCCGAGAGACGUGCGCAUGAGCUCCACAACUCACCUCUUCCGUUCACUUUGCACAGGAUGCAGGCGCUUAAGCUGGCGCGGUCGCAGGGUGUGGUGGCGGCCAUCGAGUACGCGCGGCGCCAGUUCCCGUCGCACGCGGCGCGCCACGAGCGCGCGCUGCAGGCGGCCGUGUGCGCGCUGGCCUGGUGCACGCCCGCCGCCGGGCCUGCGCCGCCGCACUACCAGCACCUGCUCGACCCCAAGGCUCUCGGUGCGGAGGCGGCGGAGCUGUUCAUCAAGGAGGCGUGCGCGCUGCUGCGGCUGGCGCCGCUGUCGCCGCUGGCGGGCGCGGUGCUGGCGGGCUGCCGCGUGCUGCCCGCGCUGCACGACAUCCGCGCCAAGAUGACGCACCCGCACGUCAUCGCCGCUUGGUCUGACGAUGAACUGCCUUUUGAGGUGGAUCUUGGUGAAGAUGGUGGUGGCUACCACUCGGUGUUCGCGUGCCCUAUCCUGCGUCAACAGGCGUCAGAACAGAAUCCUCCCAUGAGGUUACUCUGCGGGCACGUCAUAUCUAGGGACGCGCUUAACAAACUCGCCAUGGGUGCCAAAUUGAAAUGCCCCUACUGCCCGAUGGAACAGUCACCUACGGAAGCGAGACAGAUAUACUUCUCGUGA